GGGGCGGCAGGUGCAGGGUUCUCUCGGAGCUGAGGGCGGCAGCGCCGGGCCUGAGGGGAGGAGACGCAGCGGCGGCGGCGGCGAUGCUGGAGACCCUGCGCGAGCGGCUGCUGAGCGUGCAGCAGGAUUUCACCUCAGGGCUGAAGACUUUAAGUGACAAGUCAAGAGAGGCAAAAGUAAAAAGCAAACCCAGGAGUGCUCCGUGUUUGCCAAAGUACUCUGCUGGGCUGGAAUUGCUUAGCAGGUAUGAAGAUACGUGGGCAGCACUUCACAGAAGAGCCAAGGAAUGUGCAGAUGCUGGCGAGCUGGUGGACAGCGAGGUGGUCAUGCUCUCCGCUCACUGGGAGAAGAAGAAGACGAGCCUGGUGGAGUUGCAGGAGCAGCUGCAGCAGCUCCCGGGCUUGAUAGCAGACUUGGAAUCCAUGACAGCCAGCCUCACUCAUCUCGAGGCCAGUUUUGAGGAGGUGGAAGACCACCUGCUACACCUGGAGGACCUGUGUGGGCAGUGUGAGUUAGAAAGACAAAAACACAUGCAUUCCCAGCAGCUGGAGAACUAUAAGAAGAGUAAGAGGAAGGAACUUGAAAUCUUCAAAGCUGAACUGGAUGCAGAGCACACGCGGAAGGUCCUGGACAUGGAGCACGCCCAGCAGACGAGGCUGAAGGAGCGGCAGAAGUUCUUUGAGGAAGCCUUCCAGCAGGACAUGGAGCAGUACCUGUCCACGGGGCACCUGCACAUCGCAGAGCGCCGGGAGCCCAUGGGCAGCAUGUCGUCCAUGGAGGUGAACGUGGACAUGCUGGAGCAGAUGGACCUGAUGGACAUCUCCGACCAGGAGGCCCUGGAUGUCUUCUUGAACUCAGGUGGAGAGGAGGGCGCUGCGCAGUCCCCUGUCACAGGGCCUGAACCCCAACCCUGCGGCAUCACCCUUGAGGUCCCAUGCCCCUCGCCGUUCCUCGCUGAGCCGCCUUCCUCACCCUGCACCCGGACCAGCCUGGCCGCCCAGGAGGCCAGCGAGUCCCCCCUCGUGCAGUCUGACGAGGAGGAGGUGCAGGUGGACACGGCCUUGGCCACGCUGCAGCCCGACUGUGAGGCCACUGCAGAGGCCAGUGAUGACAGCGACUCUGCGCGCUGAGCACCCGAGAAGGACCCCUGAGCUGGGAGCGCAAGUCCGCCUGUCGAGUCCGGUUGGUGUGGGGUUCUGGAUUUUUACACAGUUGCCAAUGAUGUGUGAGAAACUGACAGGAGAGAAUAAAGUUGAGCUGAAACCA